UUACACUUAAAUAAUUUUCAGACUGAAAGAAUGCCGAAAAUAGUCGGAAGAAAAUACAAUACCGAGUGGGAGAAAGAAUUUGUUUGGUUGAAGAAAUGUGAAGGUUUAUCUCAGCAUGGAUAUUGCAAACUCUGCAAAAUAAAUCUGACCCCCCAUAAAACAUUUAUAACUAAUCAUGGAAAAACAGCAUCUCAUUUAGCUCGAACAUCCCAGGGAGUGCCUUCAGUGUCAAAUCAUUUUAAACCAGUCAAUAGUGACAAAAUUAAGGCAGCAGACAUUUGUAUAUCUGUUCAGAUUGCUUGCCAUUCAAGUGUCAGAUCAAUUGAUCAUCUUAGCUCAGUGAUUAAAGCACAUGGAGAAGGUAGUGUUCUUGGUGCCUUGAAACUUCAUAGAACAAAGACUGCAAUGAUAAUAAAGAAUGUUGUAACUCCUUCUCUUCAGGCAGAGUUGAAGAAGGCUUUAGCAGGAAAAAAGUUUUCUUUAUUGAUAGAUGAGUCAACUGAUGUAUCAAGCAGGAAAAUUCUUGCCAUCUGUGUAAGGUUUUAUAAUGAUGGUGUUGAAGACAUCAUUGAAGAAUACCUGGGAUCUGCUGAAGUAUUGAGCACAAGUGGAGAGAGUUUAUUUACAGCUGUGGCAGGAGUACUGAACAACUUUAAUCUUGACAUCAAGGAUGUUGUUGGAUUUUCCUCGGAUGGGGCCAAUAAUGUAAGUGGAAAAAACAACAGUGUUUGGUCCAGGAUAAAGGAAGUUUCUCCAGGAUGUGUUCAGUUAAAAUGUGUUUGCCAUUCUUUGGCUCUCAUAAUGGAGCAUGCAUUUACAUGCAUUCCAUCUACAAUAGGAUUUCUGUUGACAGAAAUUCCAGCUCAUUUCUCUAUGAGUUCACUAAGGAGGGAUGAAUUUAUGCAAUUGUUCUUCACAAUGAACCCUGAUCAUCAAGGCGUUCCAACACCUUUUGAAAAAUUCUGUAAAACCAGAUGGUUAGUUAGGGGAAAGAUACUAUACAACAUCUUAGUGAACUGGGAAGAGUUGCUUGCAUACUUCCAGCUCAUCAUGGAUACAGCUCCACCUGGCCAGAGGAUGAAAAUAAGACAGAUCUAUCAAACAUUGAAGGAUCGGAGAAACUUCUUGUAUGUUACAUUCCUGGUUCCUAUUGUCCAGGAAUAUGAAGCUGUAAAUGCCAGUUUUCAAUCCUCUUCCCCUGAUGUUGAUUUGCUUCAUUCAAAUCUAACUGUUCUCUACAAGAGUACUAGAGGAAGGCUUUAUGAGUCAAUCUUGGGAAGAGAAAAGAUCAAACAUGUAAAGAGGAUUGACUAUGGUGUGAAGUUCAACCAUGAGUUGGAAACUGCUGAAAUUAGACCCGAGUCCAAGGAUGAAGUUAGGGAGGUAUGUAAGAAGUUUUUGCUGAUCGCUGUGGAGCAGACUGAAUUACGUCUCCCACAGACAAACAAGAUUCUGGCAAACCAGCUCAAACUGAGACCAUCUGAGAUUGGAAAAGUCUCCUUCCAGGAACUCCCCUUCCCUGAGUUCAUGAAGGACCAGGAAAAAGUUGCAGAAGGCUGGAGAAAGGUUGUUCACAUGAACUGGGAGGAGGAGCUAGGAGAGAAAUGGCAAGAAAAUCCUACAGUAUUUUGGGGGAAUCUAAAAAAGCUUCCAGUUUUCACUGAGCUUGCAGAGUAUGCUCUAGCAGUAUAUUCUCUCCCCUGCUCUAAUGCUCAGGUUGAGCGUGUAUUCUCCAUUAUGACAUAUGUCAAAACUAGAUUGAGGAAUCGCAUACAAGUCCCCAUGUUGAAUAGCAUUCUAUUUUUGAAAUCUUACCUUCAGGCAAGGGUACCCCUCAAAACUUCACAAGAUUUACUAAAGAUGCAUAAACAUCUUUCCCCCCUUUUUAAUGUGUUGUGUGUAUACACUAUUUAACUAAAUAUCCUAAAAGUUAAGGAAGGGAUAUUUAAUAGACAUUAUAAUUUAAAUUCUACCUAUUAUUGAAAAUUACACUUUCCUUGCCUGUAGGCUCGCAGCAUCUGCUGUGAUAAGUUUGUUCCGACCCCUGAUAUGUUUAGUCGCAUGAAUGUUACAAUGUAUUCUGAAUCUGAUAAGGGUUCUCAUCAUCAGACCCCUGAGGAGGUUAAUGAGGAGGAAGUGUUUGAAACCAUAACAUCUCUUCUUGAUUAAGCAUAUUGAUAUAUCAAAACUUAUACUGUAAAACCCUUUUUUUUAUGUUCUGAAAAUUUGUUGCUAAGCUUAGUGCUUAACUUGUUAUUUUUUUGAUUUUCUUUACAUUUUUUUUGCUAAAACUUAUGAUUCACAUGUAAUUUUUACUUACUUUAUGCUUAAUUUUGUUAUUUUUCAGUUAUAAAAUGCCCUUAUUUCACUGGUUUUGAAGUGGUUCUGCAUAAAGAAAUCUGGUUCCCAACUGGUUCCCUACAGUGAAAUUUGUGGUUCUGAGCAAAAUUUUGGAGUUGGCAACCCUGGCAAUGUACGACUUAGAUCGU